UCUGAAAUAUGUAUCAGUUCACAUAGUGACUACAGUUCACAAUGGUUUCCAAGGUAGUACUAUUCGUUGCUUUGGUGGGUGUUGUAUCCGCCGAGCAUGCGUUCUCCUCCCAACACAUCCACAAGUACGAUGGACACCAUGAGCCAGUACACCACGGACACCAUCAUGAUUACUAUACUCACCCUAAAUACGAGUUCGAGUACAAAGUGAGCGACCCUCACACCGGCGACCACAAGAGUCAGCACGAGUCCCGCGACGGUGACGUCGUCAAGGGAUAUUACUCGCUGCACCAACCUGACGGCUCCGAAAGACACGUGCACUACCACGGUGAUCAUCAUUCUGGGUUCCACGCUGAUGUGAAACACAGCACUCAUCACAUCGUUCCCCAUCAUCACCAUUAUUGAGCUUCAAGCUGAAUGAAUCCAAUACGUUUUAUGUUUUUUGUAUUGUAAAUACUGUAAUCCAAUGAAAAGUCAAAACGUUAUUAACAAAAAUAAAGAAACGCGUUGCGUCGUUAA